ACGACAAUCACGAUCAGUUCGGUGUGGUUGAGUGGCGAUGCACGUUGUAUAAUCGUUUUGUAUCGUCUCUGCGCAUUUUGAAAAGAACAAGGAAUUUUUGACGAUUUUCGAAAUAUGAAGUCUGCUUACUUGAUCUGUGCGUUACUGUGUGUGCCACUGGUGCUGGCCGUGGAGGAUACAACGCAAAAUGGAACUACUUCUCCAAUGGAGUCUUCAAACCAUAGUAAUCAGACUCAGCUCACAGAAAAGACUACUGCUGUACCAAUGAUUAAUGCAAUUACUACAACUUCAAAUAGUACUACUCCUACUCCUACUACUCCUACUACCUCUACUACUACUACUUCUACAACUGUUACUACUCCUACCACUAACUCCACUACUGUUACUCCUACUACUACUACUACUACUACUACUACUACUACUACCACUACUACUACUACUGUACCAACAAAUACAACAACAACCAGCAUUCCAACAUCUCCACCUACAUCCACUAGCACGGCUUCAUCGAAGACAACAGCUGUACCACCAUCUUCUAAGGAUCGUCAAUUUGAUGGUCUAAGCUUUUUUGGUGGUAUUAUCCUUACUACGUGUUUGAUGGCAAUCGCCGCGUUCUCAUGGAAGUUCUAUAGGCAAUGCAAGGAAGGAAACUACCGUACACUGUGAUAACGUGCAAGGCGCUACAUAACAGACUUUCGUCAAGUAAACACAAUUAAUUGAAUUAAGAACUAUGAAUAAUUAUUUUAUUGUAAUAAUAUUGCGUAUUUUUAUAACGCAGUUAAAGUGUUGCGUGGUUAAGUGCUCUUAGUAAUGUGAUGUACAACCACGUUCCGUUUUUCUCGAUACAUGUAUGUAAUAAAGAGGGAGGGAGGGGUCAUGUGUAUUCAUAUGUAUUGGAAACAACAUUGUAUGUAUAUGCGUCAUUUUACUAGUAGAUGAGAGAUUGUGACGAUUACGUGUUGCAAGUAGGAGCAGUAGAGGAUAUGAGGGAGAGGGAAAGUGGGCGCAUUGACGAAAGCCAAUGACCAAUCAAAUGUACAUUCCAUAAGAGAGAAAAAAGGGAGAUAAUAAUUCUUUAACGCGUAUUAUCCUUCUUAUUAGCUUUCGCUCAAACUGUUAGCAAGCUAUAUCUUUAAUCUGAUAUAUACAUUCUGAUAUAUACUGGUAUAUACAUUCCGCAGUAAAGUUAUAUAAGAUCUGAUUUUUCUACGAGAAGAGAGAGAGAAGAGAAAGUAUUAAACUUAAGAAACAUUGAGCUCGAUACAGGUAUUUUAGCGUGAAAACGCUAUGCCAAAGCGAAACGAAUCUUCGAAAUAUUCGAAUUUCAAACAGACGUAUAAAUUACAUCGACGCGUCUGAGACGCGCUAUAUAAUAUGAAUACUUAAAGCCGGUUAUUGGCUGUUAUUUACAAAAUAUAUAUAUAUAUAUAUAAUAGUUUUGUGGUAUAAUA